AUGGUGUGUUGCCGAGGAUGCCGUCGUCCUAUCAACCAGGAUGAAGACAGUGAUGAAAACAAUCACAAACAGGUGAUAGCAGGGGCGUCUUUCCAGAAACGAAGAUCCAGUGUCAGUGAUAUCACUUGUCUUCCAUUUGGCCUCACCAAGUCCGAGUCUCUGGCAUCAAUAUCCCGUUUCUUCAAGGCCGGCUCAUCAAGUAACGCGAAGAAGGGAGCCACGGCAAGAUCAGCUUCCAGAUCAUCUUUUAGUAGCAACAUCGCGCUCUUACGCUCCGCGUUUGGAGGCAAACAGAACAAUAUGAAGGAAUACGAAGACACGUUCGAAGAACCCUUUGAAGACGAUGAUUCCAUGGACGGCUUUGAUAAGCCCAUUAUCUCAUUCCGUGGAGGUUCUGCAUGGCAGGCUCUUGACCUAAACUGCAAAGUUCUCGCGUUGGACUUGUUCUGGCCAACUAAGAAAAACAGUCCCUUCGACAACCCCUUUCGCCCGGAUAUCAUGCCAGUUGAAGAGCUUGCUUCACUUUGCAACUUCAGAAACCUCCGAAAACUCAAGUUGACUGGAAUGUCACAGUCUUAUCAAAAGUACAUUUGGCAGACCGUAUGGCUUAACCCUGCCCUUGAAGAGCUCGAGUUGGAGAUGGCUCUUGAACCUUGCAUUCGACGCACUUUCAAUGCCGAUUGGCCAUCUAUCAAGGGGGACUGGUCAUACCGUACUGCAGAUGAGAUGCCUGGGGUAUACUAUGGAGAGUCCGGUGAAGGAGAAUUGCACAGACGUGCUGGAGUUGGUGAAUACCUAGACAAAGAAUCCAUUGGAGAGGCAAAGAUCAGAGCUCUGGCAAUGGGGUGUACGCUCGACCGUUUACCAAUUGUUAAGCUAACUCUCACUGGCUUCGUCGUCGAUGCCGACCCAUUCUUCAUGUGGUUCAAUCCACAUCGCCUCCGCGUAAUCAACUUCAAGAAUGACUGCGUCGACGCUGGAUUUGCGAUCCCACGCUUCAUGUCCGACCGAGUCGUCGUAUCCUGGCCAAAUACCGUGGCUGAAUAUGCCAUGCAGGUUCGACACGUCAAACCUGGAGAGGUUAAACUCAUCGAUAUUCCGAAGAGGAAGAACAAAGGGCCAACUCAGGCCAAACUCGUUGAUAUCCCCAAGAAAGGGAAGAAUCCAGCCGACAAGGCUGACGAGACCAAACUCGCCAACGAGAAGGUCAGCGAAUGGCGAAAGGCAAGCAUCGGCAAAGAAAAUGCAGCCAUCGAGAAGGCACCUAAGUGCUUCUCGGACAAUGACGACGGCCUCAGCCGUCGUCCUGCAUUCCGCAUCAAAGGCUUCCCGAGAGCCAGCAAGAAGUAA